AAUUCACUUGCAGCAUUUGAAGAACCAGCAACGUCAAAGAUGUUCAGGUUGGUUUUGAUUUGCGGUUGCUUGCUGGCCGUGGCCCAGGCUGGUGUUAUUGGUGGAGGUCUGAUAGCAACUGCACCUACGGCCGUUGCUAUUCAACCUGCAGCUGCGGUUGCCCUGCCGACCGUUGCUACAUCCUCUUCCAACAUCAUCCGAGGGAUCGGUAACUUAGGUGCGAUUUCGGCCUACUCGAAGAGCGUGGACACGGCGUUCAGUAGCGAAAGGAAAGCGGAUGUGCGCGUUAACAAUCCUGGAGUGACGAGAAUCGUCACGGCUGCUACCGCACCUGCACUUGCAGUGACAAAUACUGCUCUUGCAGGUCCUCUGACUACUGCUUUCGCUGGACAAGCCUUAGCCGGACCUGGACUUACAACUGCAACAGUAGCUGCUGCACCUGCAAUCACAACUGGUCUUGCUGGACCUACGAUUACAACAAAUGCUAUUGGUCUUAACGGUCUCGGGGUCAAUGGUCUGGGUUUGAAUGGUAUCAGUGUAAAUGGUGUCGGCCUCAACGGUGUCGGCCUCAAUGGUGUCGCCCUCAACGGUUUAGGUCUGGGUACCAUCAGAGUUUUGUAAGUCGCAACUGCAAGAGCGUGACGCAUUUGUGUAACAGCAACGCAAACGAGUUACUCUACGCUUAACAGAAUGGAAUUUUGAAAACAUGUCACAGAAUGUAAUAAUCUAAUAUAAAAUAAACGUAUGACUAUGGUGUCCAGAAUAUUA